AUGUCCGUCAGUUCCUCGGCAUCCCCUAUGCGCGCCCGCCCGUGGGCGACCUUCCGGUUUGCGCCGCCGCAGCCAGCCCUCCCGUUCGGGGAGUUGGGAUGCGAAGGAGAUGACUCCCAGCUGUAUGCAGCGAAGAAGAACCUACCGGUCAUCAUGUUCUUCUACGGAGGAGCUUUUACCGUGGGCGGCACGAACUCGCCUUACCUCAUUCCAGCCGAAUGGAUUCAGCGGACCCAAGAGCACAUCGUCAUCUCUUUCAACCACCGGGACAACAUCUUCGGCUACACCAACGCCGCCGGUCUUCCCCCGGACCAACAAAACCCCGGCCUCCUCGACGCCCGCCUGGCCAUCGAAUGGGUACGCGACAACAUCGCCUCCUUCGGCGGCGACCCAGCCCGCAUCGGCCUCUGGGGCGAGAGCUCCGGCGCCAUCAUCAUCGCCUACUACAGCUACAUCUACCGGACCGACCCCAUCGCCAACAGCGUGAUCCUCGACUCCGGCAACGAAUUCAUCGACAUCCUCAGCCACAACCCCACCCACUCCAACUUCACGUACGUCGCUUCCCAACUCGGCUGCGGCAACCUCCCCCCCGCCGCCGAACUCACCUGCAUGCGCAAAAACAACAACAACGUCUCGGCCACCGCCAUCAACGCCCUCAUCGAAACGUACACCGACGCCGGCCGCACCCCGCCCGUCUUCUUCUCCCCCUCUAUCGACGACGGCGCCACCGUCUUCGCCAACUACAGCGCGCGCGCCCAGGCGGGCCACAUCGCGCGCCUCCCCGCCCUCAUCGGCAGCAACGCGCAGGACGGCGUCUCGUUCGUGCCCUACGACCCGCAGGGUGUCGACCAGACGCUGGCGGAUGAGAUGACGGCGGUCUUUUUCUUUUGUCCCAGCUACCAGGCGGCGAGGGCGCGGAUUACUGCGCACAGGGGGGAGGUGCCGGUGUAUCGGUUUGUGUACGCGGGCAAUUUUAAGAAUGUUAGUCCCAAGCCGUGGAUGGGUGCGUAUCAUGGGGCGGAGAUGCCGCCGGUGUUUGGGACGCAUGGGUUGUUUCGGGGCGAGUCGAGUGCGUUGGAGAAGGAGACGAGUAGGGUGAUGCAGGAUGUGUGGCUGGAGUUUGUGGCGACGGCGGGGGAGAGGAUGACGGUUGUGGAGGGGUGGGAUGCGUGGAGGGAGGUGGAUGGGGGGCGGGUGGUUGAGUUUGGGAAUGGUGUGCCCGCGAGGGUGAUGGACACCAGGGAGAUGGAGAAGCAAUGUCAGGCGCUGGGGCUGAGUUGA